UACCUAGAGAUGCGUUGCACAUACAGAUGGAUUACGAGUGUAGUACACCUCUGUUAGCUUAGAAAUUAUCGUGCAAACGAAUCUACUACUACUGUCCCUUGUCUGCGAAGAAGGAGACUGCGGUUUUAAAAUUUAACUGGUUAGAAAUUGAACAUGAAAGCCAGUGAACAAGGCGCGAAAGGCUUUAAAUCGCUGUGGAUUCGUUUUGACGUAAAUAGCACGGAGAGGCAUCAGCUGUUUUUCAAGCAGCACUCCCUUAGGAAUCAACAACCUGAAUAUCCCAAGAACCAAACUCUCUUUGUACUUAAUGUACCGCCGUACGCAACGACUGAUUGUCUGAAGCACGCGUUUGCUCAACAUUGUGGAGAUGUACGCUCUGUUGCAUUUACAAACGCGAAAGGGUUUAAAACUGCAUAUAUUGUUUUCGAGAGUGAAUUCUCCUUGAAUAAGGCGAUGGAACUUUCAAUGGAUCGUGUGAUGACAUUGAACACUGAUGAGAACGCAUGUCUCACAGGAUUAGAAAAAUGGUCCAAAGAGUACAAUGAUACGGUGUGCGAUGAGCGAGCGACAAAGAGGGAAAUUGAGGAAUAUAUGAAAUCUUAUGACAAAGAUGUAAACGACCGUAUCGCCAAAACUGCAGAAGAGGAUGACGACGGCUGGACAACUGUAACAGGGCGAAAGAAGAGAGGACAGUUCGCGCCGACUAGGAAGGAAUCAACAAUGAGUAAAACGUUGCAAAAGGAGGAGCAGCGCAAGAGAAAGAAGCGAUUGCUUAAUUUCUACACUUUCCAAAUCCGCGAAGCAAAGAAGCAGAAUUUGGCGGAAUUGCGAGAAAAAUUCGAAUUGGACAAAAAGAGACUGCAAGAAUUGAAAUUAAAGCGAACGUUUAAACCAUUUUAAGAUGAUGUAUGUGUGAGGAGAGAGUUUUGAUAUCAGCGACAUUUAUUCAUAGAGAUCACUGUUUCAUGUAUAUAAUUCAUGCACAAAGGUCAGUUAUCAUUUAAUAAACUCUCAGGCUGCUUUGGUGGCAUAGGUU